AUGGCUUCUCCAGAUUCGUACAACCAGCGCGCCCAGCGCGACGCUUCCUCCCAGCCGGACAGGCAGUCCUCCGCCGGCUCGAGCAAGUCGCACGCCGGCUCGCAGCACCAUGCUGUGCCGCCCAAGAUCCGACGCCGCAAUCGCUUAAUCACCUCGUGCCUCGAAUGCAGACGGCGUAAGCUCAAAUGCGACAAGCUGCAUCCAUGCACCAAUUGCACGCGCUUCUCGCGCGACUGCGUCUUCUUGGCUCCCGCGCUGGAUGCCGCCUCGCAGCUGAGGCUUGCCGAGAUCAAGGAGAAAAUGGGAUCCCUAGAGCGCACGCUGGAAGAAGACAUUGCCAGGAAGAAUGAAUCCCGCGCGCGUUCUAGCUCCCGGCCUGGCUCUAAGCUGCCCGGCCUGGAGGAUGUUUCAGGCGAAGAGGAUGCAAGCGAGCUGGAAGAGGAGCGAGGUCUCGAGCCCACUCCACUCGCCAUUGAAGAUGCCCCGUAUGAUGACAACAUGUGCGAUGACAACCUUGUCGAUCUCGGCGUGCAGUUUGGACGAAUGAGGAUCACAGAGCGCAUUGGAGGAUUCGUACGGCCGAAGCUCGCCCAGGAGCUUACCGAAGCCUUAAAGGAAGUCCCAGAACUCUUUCCAGAUCCUAACGAGCCUCAUCCAUCAUCCCGUCAAAUUCAUCCAAGCUCGUAUCUGAUGCCUGGGCCCGACUAUCUUGCUCCAUCUGCGAACUUUUUCUUCGCGCCCUCAAGCCGGAAGCAUGGCUUAUUGCACUCGCUUCCGGCCAAAUCCAUGGCUGACACGCUGCUCAAGCAGUAUUGGCUCGCUGUGCAUCCUGUUGCCACAGCGGUUCAUCGCCCGUCAUUCGAAAGACAGUAUGCCUCCUUUUGGAAAGAUAUCUCUAAUGGCCUGGAGCCUCGCGCUUCUUUGCAGGCUCUUGUUCUUGCAGCAAUGCUCUCAGCAGCAGUCAGUCUGUCCGAAGACACGGUGACAACCGAGUAUGGCACAACGAAAGCCGAGUUGGUCGAGAAUUUCAAGGAAGCCACCGAAGCAGCACUUUCGCGAGCCAAUGUCGUGAGGACAACAAAGCUUGAGACUUUACAAGCGUUUGUCAUGUAUCUGAUACCUCUUUGCCGUACUGAAGUCUCGCGGGCUCAUUCGGCGCUCACUGCUAUGGCGAUAAGGCUCGCAGAGUGCAUGGGUCUACACCGCGAUGGUGCCCGCUAUGGUAUACCCGCAGUGGAAACCCAUGUUCGGCGACUGGUGUGGUAUCAAUUAUGUUUCCUCGACAUCCGGGUUUGUGAAGCGAGCGGGCCUCGACCACAAAUUCGAGAAGAUGAUUUUGAUACCAAGUUCCCCCUCAACGUGGACGAUGCCGAUUUCGAAUCCAGCAAUCCGCCAACGAAAGACGCUGAUCAUUUUACGGAUAUGACCAUUGUACGGAUGCGAUUCGAAUGUACUGAGAUGGCCCGAUUGGUCUGGUUCGAACGCCCAAGAAUCGAAAAGAAGCAGACCACGCUCACAGCUGUUCUCGGCAAAAUCCAAAAUUUCCGUAGUGCCAUGGAGAAACGCUAUGGCCCCAUGCUUGAUGUUAAGAAUCCGCUACACCAUAUGUGGCAGUUGGUGUACAACAUCUUGAGUUUGCGCCUCAUCUUGAUGGUUAUGCAUCGCUAUGCCAGUAACAUGCACCGAGUCAUGCCGGACCGCUUGAGGACCCAAAUGUUGAAUUCCGCCACCCUCUUGAUCGAGAAUGCGAUAGCACUUGACACGCAUCCAAAUCUGAAACCUUGGGUCUGGUACGGUGGUGCUCACCAGCAAUGGCACACUGGACUCCUUUUGAUGGCGGAGGUGUACGCGAAAGAGCCUCAUCCGAGCUACGAGGAACGUGUCUGGCGUUGCCUCGACUAUGUGUUUGAGCUCCCUCCUUCCAUGUCCAUCAUCGACAAGGCGAAGUACAUUAUCAGCGGUAUUAGAGACCGCACACUGGUCUAUCAAACGAUGCAAGCAGCCUACGUACAAAUGGGCAACCAAGGGAUCUCUCCCAACACCCAAGCUGGCUCCGCUUCAAGCAGUGCGCAUGUCAGCCCCAACAUCCAGCAUACCCCACACCCUCACGCAGAUGCGACAACACCACCGUCCAGAUACGACAUGGGCGCUGCUGACGAUCAUUCGCGUCAUCAAGCUUACGGUCAGCAAGCUACACACUCAAUGGCUCCGCCGACACUAUAUGGCAUGCCUAAUCCUUUCAACAUGAGCCCAGGGGACACGGGCAGCAUGGGUUCAGGUGGUGUUGGAGGUAGUCCUGGAGACGAGGCCAUGCUUGAGAUUGACUGGAACGAAUGGGACAAACUUUUCCCGCACCAACUCGGGCACGGCAACCCUGCUGACAUGUAUAUCCCGGACUUCAGCUAUCCGCCAGUGAGCGACCAAACAGGCCAUGGCGUACCGACGGCGUCUGCGCCUAGUAACUCCAUGGGCGGCUUACCUUGGGGCCAUGUGGGCUCGGCAACACGACCACAGUGA